CAGCUAAUUUGUUGUACAAUAAUACUGUUAAAAGCCCUUCAUUUAUGUCAGCACAUGUUUGUACCUUCAUAAUUUUAUUUAUUUAUUUUCACAACACCUACUUUCAUAACACCAAAACACACACCCAUCAUUUUUUUUGGGCAUUCAACUGCCAGUCAGAAUUUCUAUAUUCCCAUGAUAAUUCCAUUUAUAAAAAGAUUCUUUUGACAUGUUCUAACAUCAAGAUUCUUUUUUACCCAUUUGUGUGUUCCAGACGGGAAAAGAAAAGCCAAAUGGAAGGAUUUUCAGACCAAAUCACAGCCCCUCUUAUAUCUAAAGAUCAACAUGAAGAGAACUCGCCUAUCAGAGAAGUGGCCCUCACGGUCUCGAUCACGGACGAUCCCUCUCUCCCGGUCCUCACGUUCCGUAUGUGGCUUCUCGGCACAUUCUCAUGCAUUCUCCUUUCCUUCCUCAAUCAGUUCUUCUGGUACCGUACGGAGCCGCUCUCCAUAACCGCCAUCUCGGCCCAAAUAGCCGUAGUCCCAUUGGGCCAGCUCAUGGCAGCUAAGAUCACGGCCCGAGUUUUCUUCAAGGGGACGAAAUGGGAAUUUAGUCUCAACCCAGGCCCGUUUAACGUCAAGGAGCAUGUUUUGAUCACCAUAUUCGCUAACUCUGGCGCGGGGACAGUGUACGCCAUUCACGUCGUGACAGCUGUCAAGGUGUUCUACAAGAAGAACAUCUCAGCCUUACAUGAGAAAGAAGCUCGGCCAAAAAGAGGCGUGACACGAACACAGUUUUUCAUCAUAUCUUUCGUGUGCAGCUUCGCUUACUACAUUUUCCCCGGCUAUCUAUUCCAAAUGCUCACAUCCCUCUCAUGGGUCUGUUGGAUCUUCCCAAAAUCAAUUCUGGCCCAACAGCUAGGAUCGGGCCUCAAUGGUCUUGGCAUAGGGGCUAUUGGGCUCGACUGGUCCACCAUCUCAUCUUACCUUGGGAGCCCGUUAGCCAGCCCAUGGUUUGCUACAGCAAAUGUGGCUGUCGGUUUUUUUUUCGUCAUGUAUGUUGUGACUCCACUAAGCUACUGGUUCAAUAUUUACGGCGCAAAGACCUUCCCGAUUUUUUCGGACGAACUUUUCACCUCGUCUGGACAGAUAUACAACAUUUCCAGCAUUAUAGACUCGAAUUUUCAUCUUGAUAAAAUGGCCUACGAGCGCGCGGGCCCUCUCCACCUCAGCACGUUUUUCGCCAUGACGUAUGGGGUGGGAUUUGCCGCGCUUAGUGCCACGGUUAUGCAUGUGGCUCUGUUUCAUGGAAGAGAAAUAUGGGAGCAAAUCAAAUCGAGUUUUAAAGAGAAGAAAAUGGACAUACACACGAAGCUGAUGAGCAAGUAUCGACAAGUACCCGAGUGGUGGUUUUGGUGCAUUCUUGCGGUUAAUAUAUCGCUCACGAUAUUCGCGUGUGAGUAUUAUGAAGAACAGCUUCAGCUUCCAUGGUGGGGUGUCGUUUUAGCCUGCGUGAUAGCCGUUUUCUUUACUCUCCCGAUCGGGAUAAUUACUGCCAUAACUAACCAGGUGGUUGGAACCUUAAUAGCGGCUUUUGUCUACUCGGGGACUGCGUGGUGGCUGAUGGAGACAAUUCCCGACAUAUGCCAGGUGUCGUCUGACGUGUGGACGUGCCCAUCGGACCAUGUUUUUUACGAUGCCUCAGUUAUAUGGGGCCUUAUCGGGCCUCGCAAGAUCUUCGGAGACGAGGGGACUUAUGCAAUGAUCAAUUGGUUUUUCUUAUUCGGGGCUUUGGCUCCCGUGCUCGUUUGGCUUGCCGCGCGGGCUUUUCCGGGUCGGGCUUGGAUAAGGCUCGUGAACAUGCCGGUUCUUAUAGGGGCUUGUGGGAUGAUGCCACCUGCCACGGCGGUUAACUACACGACGUGGAUUUUGGUCGGUUUUUUGUCGGGUUACGUUGUGUACAGUUACAGGCCCGAUUUGUGGCAACGGUAUAAUUACGUGCUGUCGGGUGGUUUGGACGCGGGAUUAGCGUUUAUGGGGGUGGUUUUGUAUCUGUGCUUGGGAUUGGAAGGGAUUGGGGUGGAUUGGUGGGGGAACGAACUCGAUGCGUGUCCGUACGCUUCGUGUCCCACGGGAAAAGGGGUCGUGUUCGAGGGAUGUCCCGUGAUGUCGUGAUAGUCGUGUUCGGGUUUCAUGAGAAAAAAAAAUAUUAUUUCAUGUUGGAUUUAUGUACAGUGUGUGGUUUCUGCUUGUGCAAUGUUGUGUUAAAGUUAAGGUGUUAGUGUUGUAUUGUAAAAUGUAAUUGAUUGUUAUGUAAUGGGACUUGUGUCACAGUGUUAGAGUCCAUUCUUUUACUAAAGCUACUGUAAAAUAGUACUAUUAAAUUAAAC